CUAAACAAGGCAUUCUUACAUAUUUAACAUUCAAAUGCAGAAGCCAAGCUAAGCCAUGGAAGAUUGUAAUCAGGAAAAGCUACACUUCCUGAUCCACACAAAAGCUACAGGUUCCUUAAACAGGAGGCAGAUUGCUAGCAUUUGGGGCUGAAAGCUGGAGGUUAUUUUGGAAUGUGAAAGCUACUUGCUGCUUGGAUCCAUGACAACCAUGUAGACACUCUUCACUUUAACAAUCUACACCAGCAUGGACCAAGACAUUUAAAACAAAUCUUUCAAGCAGUCGAUGGAGUACAAUUGGAAAGAUUAAGAAAAAUCCAGAUGGGGUGCAGGUGCUGCAAAAUUAUACAAAGCUACAUCUUUGAUCCAGAAGAAGUACAAUCAUCUGGAUGCACUCAUGAAGUAAACAGCUAUAAACACAAUGAACAAGGCAGCAAUAAAUCCAAAUUCAAAGAGAACAGUGAAAAUGAAGAACCCAAAAAUGAACUGCAGAAGGAUGAGGUAAACAAAACAGAAAAUAAAAAUCCAGUCAACAGUACAACAGAAACUCUUUGGAAUCACAGAGGCAAUGAUUCUCAAGAGGAUGGCCUUGUGAAGUGUGCUGCAAAGCUUGAUGUUGCAGUCAACGGUGGCAACUCCUGUGCUCAGCACUCCAUACCCAACCCCAACACCAGCCCAGUGAAAGGAACCAGUGAAAAGGGAACCUCCAGCCAGUCAAAGGCUUCUCCAGCCAGCAACAGAGACUUUUACACCAAAUCAAACAGGUCUGGACAAGAGCUUGACCUAGAGACAGGCAGUCAGAGUAAGGCAGCCAGCAAUGUGCCUCACAGUAUUCCAGACUCCCAGUCUGCAGGAGACAGCAUCUUUCUCAAAGGAAACUCAAUACUGGAAAGAGAAAACAAUACCAUAAGACUGCCAGAUAUUGAUUACCCCCAAAAUGGCAAUCAAACUGGGAACUAUCUUGAAAAGGACAGCUUUUCAGUCAACUGCACACAUUCAGACAAAAACACUGGUGCUUCAGCAAUACAGGACCAGGACCUUCGUGUAAUCCCACCUUGGCCUGUGAAAGAGAGCAGUAUUGAACCUUUUAAAACUGGCUCUGCAAGUUUGAGUGAGAGCCUUACUGCUGGUAUCACUGCAGUGGCUGUCACACAGGCAUCCACACACACCAACCAUAAAGAUGUCAAUGGAGAAAUCGAGGAGGAAGAUGCAGAAGUUGCAGCAGCUCUGGCUGCACUGGAAGCUGCAACAGCAGGAGAAGACGUGGAAGAUGAUGACGAGUACUAGACGGUUUCUUUCUAAUACACAGGGAACGAUCCAGAUGUCAUUUCUGGGUCAAUAUGAACAGAUAUACAGCACACACGGAGAGCUGUUAUGAGCAGCACAUAUAGAAGGAGCUGGGACUAAACCUUGGUCCCUUCAGCUGUUUUAUACAGCCUUUUAAUUUCUACU